AUGGCAAAUUUAGAAAGCAUCGAUGCUAACGAGUGGCCUUGUGUAUCUCCGAGGUUCAAGCAGAAUUUCGCCGGUUUCCUCUCGUUUUUACCAUCUGGUUUCAUCAACGUGCCAUUUCCAGAUGAGCGCGAACGGGAACGAAUUUCGGUUGACGCAAUCCAGGUUCCCGGCGGCAGCACAGUUAGGAUCACUUAUAGCAAUGUGAAGGCAGUUGGUACGGGAUCUUUUGGUGUAGUGUAUGCAGCCUCAUUGAGUGACGAUCGAGAAGUUGCUAUCAAAAAGGUCUUGCAAGAUGAACGGUACAAGAAUCGCGAACUGCAAAUCCUCAAGGAGAUGCGUCAUCCAAAUGUGGUCACUUUGUUUUACUAUUUUUAUUCUCAGUCAUCCUCGAAACCCGGUGAAACAUACCUCAACCUCGUACAGGAAUUCGUUCCCCAAACCCUUAGUCGGCUCAUCAAGCACUAUUGGCGGAUACGACAAGUGAUACCUCUGGCCUAUGUGAAAUUGUACAGUUUCCAGUUGUUGCGUGGUUUGGCAUACAUUCAUAGCCGGGAGGUAUGUCAUCGUGAUAUCAAACCACAGAAUCUUCUAAUCAAUCCGAAUCUUGGAUUACUGAAGAUAUGUGAUUUUGGCAGGUACGGGGUUGUUUUUGUUCUUUUCGAAGAUCCAUUUCUUCCAUUUGACGUUCACUUUUCAUUUCUGGUUUUCGUUAUCGCCGUUCCGUGGGAUUUGCAACUAUAUCCUAUCAUUUGUUUGGUUGAGUGA